AUGUCGUCGCAGCCGGCAGCCUCAUAUAUUGAGUCCCACGCACAACUCUCCGCCUGGAACGACGACUUGGAGUUUUUAGGAUUCAUCCUUGCAGAACUCGCUGACCCUCGAGGUCUCGAGGCAAAUGGAUUCCCAUGGCACCAGGCUGCAGAUCUUCCCGCGUUAGUAGAUACCCUCCGAGCAUCGUGUGUUGCUGAGACCGGAACUCUACAAAGGGCAUUGGGCCCUCAAACCUCGAAGAAGCUACGCAAAUGGCUUCAGAAAGCCAAGGAGAUUCGGAAUGACAUGGCCCACCACCAAACAGUCGAUAAGGGAAAAUUAAGCGCAUUGCAAGGGGUGAGGGACGAAUUGUGCAAGUUAUUGGAGGCGGCGAUUAGGACAGUAGCGAGGUACAGAGAAGUCCGUGAGAUUGCGUGGUGCCCAUAUUCUUCUGGGUCCGCCUUAAGCGAAUUCAACACCCGCGGUGGUAACUACGGAACGGAGACUAUUCUUCUCGCAUGUGGCACGGAGCCUCUACUCUCGCAGCGCCAUCGAAUGCUGGCGAACCUUGACAGUACGCCCCAAAGCGCGCGGAAGACCCAUAGACGCAAAGACUCCACGGACAAAACCCAACAGAAGAAGGCAAUAGAGAGCUUGAUAGAGGCUCAGAGGCGCAAGUUGAACAGGAAACAGCAGAUCAAAGCGAAGGAAGAAGAAAUAAAAGCUCAAAAGCUGCACGUACUAGAUCAGGAGUAUGAGCGUAUGCGACAGCUGCGAUUGGCGCAACUUGAUCGUCUACUAAGUCUCUUGGAGCACGAAGAGAAAAUAUGGAAGAUUCGGCGCUCAGCGCUCCUGCAAGACACUCGCGUUUCGUUCUCUAUGGACGACACAGCCGUAUUGGCUAUUCUGGCUCUGACCUCUCCGCUCUGGCUCUUGUGCUUGCUUAUACGCACAUUGUAUGGAACGUGCAAGGCUCUAGCGGGUGCUACCCGAGGGCCGCACUGA